ACGCUAUCGGUAUAAAAAAUUAAUUGCAUUUCAGUGCGAAAAACAUUUGAUACAAAGUUUUGCCAUUGAUUGCGGAAGUGAUUUGAUUAAUACCUAUUACUGUGAAACCAAUACUGUAUUGCAGUCACUGUUCAGCACCAGACUGUUGAACAGCACGGGUAGUGAGCACUGGAUACUGUCAAUUGGCAAUACUUGAUCCAAGCUAUCAAGUGUCGAAAAUACAUCCAAAACAUCGAAAAUAUGAGUCAAACUCAAACUAUUUCUCAACAAGAUUUCGAUAUAAGUGAUAAAAGGGACGAUGGUUUGUAUGGAUGGCAGGCAUUGCCUGACGUACUGUUGGAGGAGAUAUUGAGUCUGCUAUCGAUUAAGGAGAGACACAUCGCUUCUCAGAUUUUUCUGAACCGAAUGGGAACUUAUUUGCGCAAAAUAGUGGUGAAACCAACGGAAAACCUUUUCAAUUUAUACGAAUUCAUGAAAAUAUUGUCAUAUUUUGCGGAAUUCUAUGAUCAAAAUCCAUUGCAAAGAGUGAAUGCACUGGACUUCACAUUCUCUUGUCAUCAACUGCUGGAAAGGGGUAGCAAUGAAGAGACCGUUUUCGGCACCGGAGGUAAACUCCUACAGUCACUGAUGAGACUCAUGAAAAACUUAAACGUAAUGAUAAACACCUGA